AAUUAUACUUUUUCUCUCUCAACCCACCAACACAAGAAGAGAGAAACUAUUAUUUCUUUCUUCAUCUCAAGAACAAAGAAGAAAAGAAGAAGAAGAAGAAGAAGGCAAGAAGCAACCCACCUCAGAAUCUCAUCUUUCUUUAAACAUGGUUCAAAGAAACAAACCCACCAAUCUCAACUUAUUCCAACCAUCUGAUCAUCAUCAUCAUCUUAAAACUGUCAAGAAGAUGCUAAUAAACCCAUCUUCUCCAAACUACCUUGAAGACUCCAUGAACAGAGGACCUUCUGACCUCAACAACAACAAGAUGAAGAAAUCAAGAUCAAAUUUCUCAAAGGAAGUUUCAGAAUCCGGAAAGCCGCCGCCCAACUACAUGAAGUCCACAAGCAGUUUCGAUGCUAAGAAAGAUAGCUUGAAGAAUUUAAGGAAAACUACUAGCUUUAAAUCUCCAAGAUCUUCAACGAAGAAAAACCCUUCUGUUUUAAUUAACAGAGAUACUUGUUCUUCGACUCUCAAAGAUUCAAAGUUUCCAGCUUUUCUUGAAUUAAACCAUGGAAGCACUCAACUGGAAGGGACGUCUAUCUUCAAGGUCUGUCAUUAUACAUAUUGUUCUUUAAAUGGACAUCAUCAUCAUAAUCCUCCUUUGCCUCCCCUUAACCGUUUCAUAUCGACAAAGCGACAAAUCCUUAAGACCUCUUGUCUAUCCCCUCCACCGGAAUCCACCGGCGGUGACCGGCCGGAAAACGUUGAUGAUCCUGAUAUUACCACCGACAAUGACCCAGAACAGUCUGAAUGUCUAGAGAGACAGAUACUUGAAAUUCCUAGCACCGACAAUGAAUCAGAACAGUCUGAAGAUCUUGAGAUGGAAAUGGAUGAUGAUGUUGAGGAAGAAGCGGAGGUUUCAGACGAAAUUAACAAUCUUGAUGAAAUCUUGGAAGAAUUUAAUGUUGAGAAAUCUAUUGAUGAGAUGAGUGGCAAUGGGCAACUAGAAGAAGAGGAUGAAGUUCAAAGAAUUGAUCUUGAUCAUCUUGAUCAUAUGAAGAUAGUGAAAUCUGAUGAGAUGAGUGGCAAUGGGCAACUAGAAGAAGAGGAUGAAGUUCAAACAAUUGAUCUUGAUCAUCUUGAUCAUCUGAAGAUAGUGAAAUCUGAUAGGGGAUUGGAAGAAAUUGAUGAAGAACAAAAAGGGUUUAAUCCUAAGCAGCCAAAUUACUUAGAUGUUGAGAAUGGACCUGAAACAGAGAAGGUUGAUCUGAAACAUCAAGAAUUGGAUGACAAGAAGAAUUCAGAAGAAUGGAUGCUUGAUUAUGCAAUUCAGCAGGCUGUUAAUAAACUCGGUUCUGCACGAAAGAAGAGGGUUGGUUUACUGGUGGAAGCUUUCGAGAAAGUGAUACCGAUACACCAAUUUGAUCGAUCGAUGUCGUCGUCACCGGUGGGAAUGAAUCAUUCAAGGCCAAUUAUUCAAGCAUGCAUAUGAUGAUAUGGAUAUUUACUGAUUAAGGUUGGUUGUGUAAAUAAUGCUAAGAUGUAAAUGUACUGCUUACUAAAAGUUAGAAUGUGUUAUUUGGUUAUCCCUUCUAACUGUAAAAACUAUGGAUUGGAUUUGAAUAUUGGUUUGGCUUUGAUGUUUAUUUA